AUGGAUUCGAUAAUGGCACAGUUACAAGAAGUUGAAAUUAGAGAAAAUAUCGUUGGAAUGAAUUUUGAAGAAGACGGAUCAAGUUCUGCUUUAGCAUUCAAUAACAAUAAAAAAAGGAAAUUAAGUGAAGUAUGUGAUGAAGCGAAUUGUUUUUUAAAUAGAAAGAUGAAACGGGAAAUUGAUAUUAACGAAGAAGCAGAAAAUAUCAUUAUCACUAAUAGUGAAAAUGAAGAUAUAAGAAAUUUCUUAUUGAGAGAUCUAAAUGCAAAAUCGAAUUCGGAAUGGAAAUUAAUCAUCAAAGAAAGGUUGAAGUUUUGUGAAAAUUUGGGAUUAAAAACAGUUGCUGUUAGACGAAAGGAAGAAGAAUCUGGUGAAGAAUGCGUCGGAUCUGCAAAUGUCGAAUUGUCACAAAUCUGCACUGAAAAACCUCCAUAUGAUCAGUCGAUCGAUAGUAUUUGCAAAUUUUCCAGUAUUAGACGAUUAUUUAUAAGCGGUGAACGAAGAAAAAUUAUCAAAGUUUUAGAUGAUUAUGAAAAAUUUACCAUUGCCAGUAAUGGUUUCAAAUAUUUCUUAAAACUAUGUACAGAUUUGGUUUUUGAGAAAAUCAGUUCUAAAUUAGAAAAGAAACAACUAAAUGACACAGGAACAGUUGAAUCAGUUGCGAAGAUAUUGCGAUUUUCCUGGAAUCACAUGGCUCGAAAUAGUCGUCAAAAAUGGGAGAUAGAAGCUCGAAAAAGGCUUUGCUUUGAAAGAACCGAUACUGAAGAGUCAAUGGAUUUAAAUCAUGAUGGCGUUAUUAACAAGAUUAUUGCUAUGAAAAAAGACAAGGCAAACGGCAAAAGUAGCGAAAAUAUUGAGCAGCUAUGUCGUAAAAUAGAUAUAAUGCCGACAGCUGAUGAAAAAUUUCGAUCAUUCCUCACGAAAAAAAUGCAUGAAGAUAGAGAAAAAUUUUUUGAUGGUAUAAUAAAAUGUCCUCUUUGUCGCAAUAAGGAAAUUUACAUUGCUGAAAAUGAUUUGCAGGACCAUUUGAUAAAUGAACAUUACAGUAUACAUCUAUAUGCAUGUCAUUCAUGUUUUGAAGCAUUCCCUUCGAUUGACUUAUUAAAAAAACAUCCAUGCGCAGAAUUCGCUCAAUAUAAUGUGCAUCUCCUAACUGCUAAUUCAAAAUUUGAAUUUAACAUGGUUAUGCACACCGUUAUCUGUGGUGAAUGCAAUUUGCAAGUGCCUUUAUCAGGGAUUGAUAGGUUUUCAACUAUAGCAAGGCUUCGUGGGUUGUUGGGGUUACAUGAUUCUAAACGUUUAGUUUCUUGUCUUGUAUUUUUUGCCGAAAAUCCACUUGGAAUGGAAUAUGUAUAUUUGAAAGGAUUUGUAAUGGAGAAUUGCAUUUCUGUUAAAUGCUCCUUAUGUAACCAUCAGUAUACUUCAGCGAAAGAUAUAGAAACUCAUCAAGAUAUGCAUAUUUCUGAAAUUACACCGCUCAUAUGUUCAGUUUGUCUGUCUUCUUUCAAGUCACAGCUUUUUUAUCGGAAUCACAUGUUGGGUCACUUGGGUGAUACAGAUUCGUUUGCUCCUUUAAUUGAUACGUUAACUCAGACUCCACCUUUCUGGUUCAUUAAAGAAUUUCCUGAAAUUUGUUGCGAUUUGAUACAUGCAGACCUGCUUCCGUAUUAUUCCAUGGAUGAUCUGGAUGAAGUCACAAAAGAAGAUGUUUCUUUCAUGAAAAGUUCAAAAAAAUCAGAUAUUGAAAAUCAGAUAUCUUCAACAAAAAGUAAAAGUGCAGAUAAGAAAAAAAGGAGGAAAAAAUGCUAUCUAUGCCGACAACUUGACCAGUUUGGUAGUGGUCAUAGUGGUUCGUAUCUGUGUGUUUGUGGGAAUUCAAAAUCAUGUAUUGAAUUUAAAAAAUGUGAAAUUGAUAUUUGCUCAUUCAUUGAACAGUUCAAGCGUGAAGCAAAAAUUUUUGUUGGGCCAAAUGCUUCCGUACAUGAUCCAUCAAAAGGUGCGCUAUUGAUCUUCAGUUGUAAUUCUCUAUUAAACGUUCGGAUUUUUUGUCCUUGGUGCAAUAUUUCAUGUUGUUCAAUAACCAGUCUUCGACGACAUUUUAUAAUUAAGCAUGGAGUCUAUGCAGAAUUUGAAGCUCCUGCAUAUCUUAAAUCCAUUGGUAUAAUGGAGUGGAAUCAUCCACUGACAUAUUUGAAUGCUAAUGCCGAAGCCAUAAACAUUAACGUUGGGUUAACAAAAGAUGGACGUUUUGACUGUGUUGCUGAAAAUGAAUUGACGAGUCAAUCAGAAUCAGAUAUUUUGCUUACCACUGAUUCCAGUGAUUCCAGUCUAUUAUGUUCACAAAUGUCGCCGACCUUUUCUAUUCAAGAACAGUCGAAAAUGUUAACUAAAACAACAGAUUUAGAUGAAGAUGCACUUUUAUUUAAGGGAAACAGAUUUUGCCCAGUUUGUUUCGGUACUUUUGCAUCUUCUCAUUUUGCUCGACAUUUUGUUCCUGUUCAUUUACAUAUAUGCAAACAAUGUGGAAUUGGUUUUACAGACUCGGAAAGAUUGAAGCUUCAUUCUUGCCAGGAAUGGCCUCACGAAUUAUCCGAUGAUAAAUUUGUCCCACACUGUUACUUAUGCAACUCUACUCUGGCAGAUCCUGUGAAAUAUUAUUAUCAUUUGAUUCAUUCUCAUGCCUCUGAAUUUAAAAUUGAUCGUGAGAAGCAGCAGAUUUUGCCUAUGUUCAUAUGGAAAAAAUUGGAUUUAUAUGACGUAAAUUCAAUAUCAGAUAGCGAAAAGGCUUUAGACAGAAAUAUGACUGGGAAAUCAGCAGAUAAAAACAGUGAAGCAUUAAUUAAGAUUUCGAAGACAUCAGAUGUUUCCUUAAAUAGAAAUAAGAAUACUGUUUCCCUCAACUGGGAACUAUUGAAAGAACAAGCGAAACUUUUGCAGGUGCAGGUAUAUUGUCAGUUAUGUGAAAAACCAUGUCAAGUUGCUUCUUUUAAUCGCCAUUUGCAAACUCAUCACAAAAUUUGGAAAAUUUGCCCAGUUUGUAAUUUUAAUGAUGAAUUGGUGCCAGUUAAAUCUAUCAGGCAUUUAUUUAUGCAUAUUGCAUCGAAACACAUUCGGAAACAAUAUUUAUCAAUUACUGAAAUAGGAUUAAAUUGCUUAUUUUGUGACUACAUGAUUUGUUAUUCGCCUUCAGAUUACAAAAAAUCAACCCAGUCGGAGGAAAAGAUGACUCGACAUAUUCUUUUUUUUUGUACUGGAUUUAAUAUAUGUUUGCUGUGCAAUAAUAGGAAAAAACUUAAUGCAAAAGACCUUUUAAAUCAUCGUUCUUCUGUUCAUGCAGAAAUAUACUUUAGAUUCAAAUGCUACCAUUGUUCUGAAAAAUUUCCUAUAAUGAGUCUGUUUGAUGCACAUAAAUGCAGGCAAAAUCUCAUUAAAUGCUCGUGUGGCAGUCGCAAAUCUUAUUCUGAAAGCCAAUUUUGGAAGCAUUUUGGAGAACAUUUGAAUACAUCUACAAAUUUUUGUUUUUUGUGUAAUCAGUCUUUUCAUCCCUCAGAACUUCGAAAUCAUAUGGAGGUCCAUGCGAAUUAUUUGACUUCAUCUAGAGUAGUGAUCGACCUUGUUGAUAAGAGAAUUCCGAUCAUUCGACCUAAAGUGGGACUUAGCGAUGUGCAACUUGCAAAUUCAGUUUUAUUGAAUAUUUCGCAGCCCCAUUCGUCUUCUUCAGUUAACCAGGACUUAUCAAAAGAGACAAGCAUCCUCAUGAAAAACAAAUCAAGCAUAAGUAAUUCCAAUGAACAAGAAAGUGAAUUUAUAUUGCAUGAAAAAACGUCCAGUAAUAACGAUUGUAAAGAAAAUGAUGCACAAAUUAGUAAAACAGAAGAUAAUUAUAUUAUUAAUACGACUGAAGAAUACGCACCCUGUUCUGAAAAAUCGAAAAUAAGUAUUAGCGAAAAUAAAAAUAUUGAUAAAGACCCUGAAAUAUUUGAUCAUCAACCUGGCAAUAAUGACGUGGAAAUUAUUCAAUUUAAUGAAUUUGUUUCGUCAGAUAUCCGUAUUGAGAAUGAACCGAAAAAUGUAUUGGAUGAUGAUAUUUUAUUCGUCGAUACCACUAAAAGGUAA